UCUCCCACCCCCAUUAAAAGUGGUUGAGCUACGUUAAUCUUCUCUUUUCGUUUUGACCCACAAUCCUCCUUCAAUGUUUUUAUGCCUCGUCAUUGCAUAUUAUUAGUUGCACCUACUAUAGUAAGCCUUCAUUUCUUCCUUGAAACAGUUGCCAUCACCAUGGGCUACAAGCCACGCCUGCUUAUACUUUUCUCAACCCCUUCUCUGUUUUCUUGCAUUGUUUGAUCAACGCCAGGCCCUUCUUCCUGCAAAAAAUGAACGACUCUCUGUCGAUGAGAUUCAUGGCCGGGACGUGUAACUUCCCCGCGUGGCCUCCUCCCAGAGCCGUAGCGGGCAGAGGAGAGAAGAAUGAUGUUGUGGCGAUCAUGGCAAAGAUUGGAUUUUGCCCUUGGAGGUGCAGGGGCAAUGCGUCCAGGCCCCCUCCGAGACUGUUGGUGACCGCCGGCACGGACGGAGAUCAGAUGGUUGGGAUGAUCAAUGGGAAGAAAGUCAAUGGGGUCUAUAUAAACGAAGCUCCGUUGUACACUGCCGCCACGAGCAAUCCAGACAAGUUGGUAAAAGAAUGCGGGGCUGAUUCGCCGCCGCAUGCAUGCCUGGUUGGCAGGUUUGUGGAUAACCGGUUUGUGUACAGGCAAACCUUCAUCAUCAGGUCAUAUGAAAUUGGACCUGACAAAACUGCCACCAUGGAGACCCUUAUGAAUCUCCUUCAGGAGACAGCCCUUAACCACGUAACGAGCUCCGGCCUUGCGGGCAAUGGAUUUGGUGCCACUCGGGAGAUGAGUCUCCGGAAACUGAUUUGGGUUGUCACGCGCAUCCAUGUACAAGUACAGAGAUACAGCUCUUGGGGGGAUGUUGUGGAGAUUGAUACCUGGGUCGAUGCGGCGGGAAAGAACGGAAUGCGGAGAGACUGGAUUAUCCGCGAUUACAACACCCAGGAGAUCAUAACAAGAGCGACCAGCACAUGGGUGAUCAUGAACAGAGACACCAGAAGAUUAACCAAGAUCCCUGAUCAAGUUAGAGAAGAAGUCAUACCUUUCUACCUGAACAAAUUGUCAAUUCCUACAGAAGAAAAUGAUACUGAUAAAAUAGACAAGCUCACCGAUGCAACGGCAGAGAGAAUUCGCUCGGGCUUAGCUCCAAGAUGGAAUGACAUGGAUGCCAACCAGCAUGUAAAUAAUGUGAAGUACAUUGGAUGGAUUUUAGAGAGCGUACCAAUUAAUGUAUUGGAGGCUUACAGUCUGACAAGCAUGACACUAGAAUAUCGACGUGAAUGCCGACAAUCAAAUUUAUUGGAGUCAUUAACCAGCACAACUAGGAGCCCUGGAGACUCCGAGGCUGACCCUCCUCGUAAACCCGGCCGCUGUCCAGAGCUAGAAUACACUCAUCUGCUCCGGAUGCAAGCAGACAAGGCGGAGAUUGUUAGGGCGAGAACAGAGUGGCAUUCCAAGACUAAGUGACACCAGCUUCUAGUGUGCCUUGAUUGUUUUCCUGACGGAACUUGUUAAUCGAUGUAUUCUGUUUUAUUGCGCGUCUUAGUUUUUGGGGCGUUCGAUUUUUGAAUAAUAUAUUCAAUUGGCCCA